CGCUCGGAAACUCAGGCAGGCGCAGCUGCAGCGUUCCGGCCUUCCUGCGUUUCCAGGACGAGGCCGGCGGCAGCGGCGUGAUGGGGACUGUGGGCAUGGGGCUAGUGGACUGUCACUGCCACCUCUCCGACCCGGACUUUGACAGCGAUCUGGAUAUUGUGUUGGAGAAAGCCAAGGCGGCCAAUGUUAUAGCCCUUGUGGCAGUUGCUGAACAUUCGGGAGAAUUUGAAAAGAUUAUGCAACUUUCAGAAAGGUAUAAUGGCUUUGUCCUGCCAUGCUUGGGUGUUCACCCAGUUCAAGGACUUUCACCAGAAGACCAAAGAAGUGUCACAUUAAAGGAUCUGGAGGUAGCUUUACCCAUUAUUGAGAAGUAUAAGGACCGGUUAUUGGCAAUUGGAGAGGUUGGACUAGAUUUCUCUCCCAGAUUUGCCGGCACUAACGAACAGAAGGAAGAGCAAAGACAAGUUUUGACCAGACAGGUCCAAUUAGCCAAAAGGCUAAAUUUACCUUUAAAUGUUCACUCCCGCUCAGCUGGAAGACCUACAGUCAGCCUCCUACUUGAGCAAGGUGCUGACAAGGUACUGCUGCAUGCAUUUGAUGGUCGGCCAUCUGUAGCUAUGGAAGGAGUGAAAGCUGGAUACUUCUUCUCAAUUCCCCCUUCUAUCAUAAGAAGUGGACAGAAGCAGAAACUUGUGAAACAGUUGCCUUUAACUUCUAUAUGCUUAGAAACAGAUUCACCUGUACUAGGACCAGAAAAACAGGUACGGAAUGAACCCCGGAACGUUUCCAUUUCAGCAGAAUACAUUGCCCAGGUGAAAGGGAUCUCAGUGGAAGAAGUUAUAGAAGUGACAACACAGAAUGCAUUGAAACUGUUUCCCAAGCUUCGACACCUACUCCAGAAGUAGCUUCAAAACCAUCCAUUGCCAAAGCAAAUGAACUGCAGGGGGCAGCAUUUCAGAAGUCGUGUCCAGAUUAAAGAAUCUUAACUGAGGAAGACAUUUACUAGGGAUAUAGAAGAAGAUUAUUUUAGAGUGAUUUUUCUCUUAGAAAUAAAACUGGUCCUGGAUCCUAACACCCGGGUUCUGAUUCGAGCCUUGUGCUGCUUUCCAGUUAGCCAAGACCUGGCAGGAGUCGAAAACACCACUGGUUCUUGCCUUGCGCCAUUAAAUAGAACUGCCAUUGAAAGUAGCCAUUGCCGUGGGAAGGGCUGCUCCUGCAGGGAGUGUGUAGUUACUAUUGUGAUGACAGUGGGAGAAGUCUCCAGUUUACUCCUUAACCAUGUGUUGAAAAAAUUGGGGAUGUCAGGCAGUUGGCAUAAUGGCUGUUGCUGGACUCCCGUGCAGUCGACUGCGGUUUGAGUCCCAGACUCAGUGGCUUGAACUCUUGCUGGGUGU